AUGGCGCCCUUUUGUUCAGAUCCGCGGCAGAUCGUCAUUGCCCUCGAUCCGAAACGGCGGAUAGAACUGCUCAAGCUCGUGGACGACAUCAUUUUUUCCAUGACCGCUCAGCUUCAGCCCAGGCCAGACGAGCUAGGAUUGGUAUCUAUUGAAUCUAGCAUAUACGGAGAAGCUCACACACCACGAAGUGAAGAAGCCACGAGAACGUCUUCCCCAGACAAUGAAGCCGUCAAAGCCGAUACGUCUAGCGGAUCCGUCACGUUGUUUGAUGCUGACGAGACGCAUGCCAACGAUACAGCCGCAGCUCCCACGGAUAAGAAAAAGGUUGGCCCGGCGAACCCGUUCAAAAAUGUCAAGGUUGGCAUGCCGUGGAAAAGCAACCCCAACACCCCAAGCAAGUCCUCGACACGGGCUGAGGAGGUACAGAGCGCUGCGCGCCAGUAUAUGGAGGAGUGGGAGCAUGAGUUCGUGCCCAAGCUCGAGGAGAUUGUGCGCGUGAAGGACAACGCGAAGAUCGUCGCGGAGCGCAAAACACGGCGUCAAGCUGUGCAGAUGAAUGAGGAAAACGAGCGCGCCGAGAGCAAGCGCCGAUCUAAUUCUGACGACGCCCGAGACGAGCAAACGGCGUUUGCUAUUAUGCAGACGCUCUACCCGCCCAUCCCGACGCCCCUCACUGAGCUCUCCGUGCACGACCGCCACGAGGCCAUCAGCUGCGUGUUGCUUCUACUCCUCUCCACGGGCAAAUACUCGGCACACUCGCGGACCCUGAUGCUGGCGCUGACAUCCUCGCUCGACAUCCCGCACUCUUUCCUCAACAUUGAGGAGGCGCAGAUUGCGGAAUCGCUGAUCGAGCAGUCGACGGCAGAUAAGGGCAAAAAGGAGGCCAUGUCGGCCGACGCCGAGGCAGCCAAGCGCCAGCAGGAGAACAAGUUUGGCCGCUACUGGAAGGUCGGCCUCGCCUCGGUGGCCGGCGCCACCCUCAUCGGCGUCACGGGCGGGCUGGCAGCGCCACUGGUCGCAGGCGCCUUGGGAAGCAUCCUAGGCGGUGUAGGUCUGGGCGGUGUGGCGAGCUUUCUCGGCAUCUUCUGGAUGAACGGUGCUCUCGUCGGCGCUCUCUUUGGAGCCUAUGGAGCCAAGAUGACGGGCUCCAUGAUGGACAAAUAUGCCAAAGAGGUUGAAGAUUUCAAAUUUAUCCCCCUGCACGAGUUCCCUGACGGAAAUGGCACGCAAGGCGCCAAGGGCCGUCGUCUGCGCGUCACACUCGGCAUCAACGGUUGGCUCAACUCGGAGAGCGACAUCACCCGGCCUUGGGAGGUGCUGCCCGCUGACACGGAGGUUUUUGCGCUGCGCUACGAGAUGGCAACGCUGCUGUCGCUCGGCACCGCCCUCGGCGACCUCGUGCAGUCGUUUGCGUGGAAGGCCGUCAAGGUCGAGAUCAUCAAGCGCACCGUGCUCGCGACGCUCUGGGCCGCGCUGUGGCCGAUCCAGGUCCUCGCAUUCGCCUCCAACGUCGACAACCCCUUCAACCACGCGUCCAACCGCUCGAAGAAGGCCGGCCGCCUGCUCGCCGACGCCCUCGUCAACCGCGUCCAGGGCGAGCGGCCCGUUACCCUCGUCGGCUACUCUCUCGGCGCCGUGGCAGUGCACGCGUGCCUGCAGGAGCUUGCCGAGCGCCGCGCGUUCGGCCUCGUCGACACCGUCGUGCUCGUCGGCGCGCCCGCGCCCUCCGACCCCGCCCACUGGCGCACCCUCGGCGCCGUCGUCUCCGGCACCAUCUUCAACGCCUACUCCGAGAACGACAUGGUCCUCGGCUACGUCUACCGCGCCCAUAGCCUGUCCCUCGGCGUCGCCGGCCUGCAGCCAGUCCGCGACGUCGCCGGCGUCCGCAACCUUGACCUGAGCGACCGCGUCAGCGGCCACCUGCGCUACCCGAACCUGCUCGGCAACAUUCUGCGCGAGUGCGGCUUCGCGGGCGUCCGCGCCGACGCGGAAAUUGAGAAGGACGACGUCAUCCGGCUCAAGGAGGAGUACGCCGCCGGCCACGCCGUCGACAUGGACGGUACCACGGUCGCACCGCCCGACGCGGAGGACAAGGUCGAAAAGGGGGACGGCGUUGACGAAGCGACCGCGCUGGCGGAGAAGUUGCGCGUCGGCGAAGAGUUGCGCGAGGCACCGCCGCAGCCACUGCCGAAUCGCCCGUCCGCGCCGCCUGAGACGCGUAGAAAGCCGGUGCCGGCGCCUGCGGCACCCUCCAAGAGGGACGACGAGGAUUCUCACGAUGGUUUCCGGCGCAUACCCAUGAUGGAAUGA